AUGGUCCCCCAAAGUGAUGUGACUGCACCCAAGCCGCCCAAGCACUUUGUCGAUGCUGCUGAACCAGACUCUGUGAUGCUCAUUUCAUCCCCAUCAUCUACAAGGUCGGCCGUUUGGGGCGGUCUUAUGACGGCGCGUGCGCAGAAUGUGGGCGUGUUGGGCGUCGUGCUUGAUGGUCGGUGUCGUGACCUGUCUGAGCACCGGGACAAUGGGUUUCCAGUCUUUGCGCGAGGCCAUUCGGUCCUGGGCCAGUCGCCAUUCACGCGACCUAGUGAACUGCAGGUGCCCCUGACUAUUUCUGAUCCCACCGUGCCAUUGGAUGAGACUGGCAAGCCGGCUUUCCCACCUGUCACAGUACAACCUGGUGACAUCUUGCUGGCGGAUUUGGACGGGGUCGUGAGUGUUCCGAAAGAUCUUUUGGAGCAAGUUGUAGAAAUAGCCUCAGAAGGUCGCCGAGUCGAUGGUCUGUGUAUGGAUGAUCUGCGUGCGGGAAAAGAGAUCAAGGCAACAUUCGCAUUACAUCGUGGAAAGUAA